AUCAGACUAUCUUCACUUGCUUACUUUGUUCACCUGUAAUUUGACAUAACUUUUUUUGCCUACCUGUUCAUCCUCCUCCUACCUUUUUACACCUCGCAGUUUAAACUCCUACAAAAAGACCUGUUAUACUUGGUCGGCUUACAUAAAUAACAACAAACACAUCAGAUUAAUUUCCCUCCAACUUAAAUAAUUUAAUUGUAGACUAAUUACACAAAUUGUUAACUAGAUACAAGCAUUAACUUGCUGUAUCAAUUUACCAGUAACUGUCACAGUUUAAAUUUAAAAGCUUAACCAUGGAUUCUUUCAACCCUUCCCAGAAUCCACUCUUAAUCCCAGUCGUACUCCAAAACACUUUCAAGCUCCUCUACCCCCACCAGUUAAAACCCCUCCGAGCCGUCUGCCCUAUUUGGAACACGGAAAUAACUCGCAUCCUCUUCGGCUCCCACAAUCAGAAAAAGGUUAUCAAAAAUAUGACCGACUUAUCCGAAGGGAUUGCCAUUUUAGAACACCAAUCCACGAAACCCCUCCACACUCGGUACAUGUUUUGCAGCGGAGUUAACGUCACAGAUGCGAAAUUUAUGCAAAUCAUCACUCUCGCCGGACCCGAGCUAAAAUAUAUUUACGCCAAUUUCCCCAACAAUGCGAAAUCCCCUUUAACCCUGAAACGUCUCCUCGUCGAGGUAUCCAUUCAAGAGAUUUGUAUCAAAUGGAGCUUAUCCAAAGAGGUCGACCUCUUCAAAAAUGAGCAACCCGUUCUCCUCCCACACCUAAAAAUCCUAGAGUUUGAUAUUGUCAACAAAUCCGUAAAAUUUGACACCCUCCUCCGCACCCUGAUUUAUUUAUGCCCGAAUCUCGAACUCUUUCAAGGCUCAAACUACCACGGGUUACAGAGUGUCGUGGAGGACUGGUUUUUUAACAAGGUCGUCAUCGAGGCCGCGUUUCCACAACAGUGUAGAAAAAUACAAGAAUUCAGUCUGGGCAUGAAGGCGAAAAAGUAUGAUAAUUAUACCCUCGAGAGGUUAAUGUGUGCAAAUUUUCCCCUGAAAAAAUUAUACCUUGACGUUUCCGCGAAUCCCGUGGACGCCACGUGUUUGCAAAAUCUGAUCACAAGUUUGUCCACCACUCUGAAGGAGUUCAACUUGACGGUGGAUCCAUAUUGUGAAAACGUUUUUCAAUUGGAGGCUUGUAUCUUGACGGCGAGGAAGCUAGAAAAGUUGGGCACUUCAGGGGUCUCAUUACCACUUGACCUCAUCCAAGGUCACCUCCAUAACUUGAACACGUUAAGGAUGGAACAUUUCAACCAGGAAACGAUAACGAUGCGAACCUCGCAUCAGCAGCAGCAGCAACAACAAUUCGGUUAUGGAUUAAGAAACCUGGAACUUUUAAACCCUUUCCGUCUCACGACGCCAAUAACGUUAUUUUGUACGGUACAAAAUUUAUUUCCUAAUUUGGCCAGCUUCACGAUAAGCAAGCAGAUGGGAGAUGGUGGUCUGAAGGACUUUUUAAAUAAGCAAAUGGUUAAUUUGAGCAAAUUUACCGUGAGGGAAAGUUGUAGUGCGGGUGGGGCAGAUGCUGUUAAGGUGUAUAAAAGAAAGUGCAGAGGAGCCGUUUUCUCACCUCCGAUUAAAUUUUAAUUUUAACUACUAAUUGUAAUUAUUAUUUGUAUUUAUUUAGGUAACACUUUUUUCUAGCGUAUUUUUUAUAUAUGACAACUUUUUAUAAUAAAAUUGACUCAGUACAAAGAAUGCAAUAUUUAGUUG